UAUUAAGCCACCUGGCAUAAUCUGUUUAGGUAAAGCUGAAUGACAAUGAUGGAGGUAUGUGUGGACUCGGUAGAGUCUGCCCAAAAUGCAGAGGAAGGUGGUGCAACACGUGUGGAGCUUUGUGGAUCACUGGUAGAGGGUGGAACCACUCCUAGUUUAGGUCUUUUCCAGACAGUCAAGUCUCAUAUCUCCAUCCCAGUGUUUGUAAUCAUCAGACCCCGCGGAGGGGACUUUCUGUACAGUGACACAGAAAUCAAGGUCAUGAAGCAGGACAUUUCCCUCUUUAUGUCUUCACCUGACCCACCAGAUGGCUUUGUGAUUGGCUGUCUCAACAGUGAUGGGACAGUAAACACAGGUCUGUGUAAGGAAUUAAUGGCUUUGGCACGGCCAUCACAGAUGACAUUUCACAGAGCUUUUGAUAUGACCCCUGACCUUGGAGCUGCAUUAGCGGCUGUGAUUGAUUGCGGAUUUGAAAGAGUGCUGACAAGUGGUGGCCACUCUACUGCCCUUGAAGGACUGCCAAUACUUUGUGACCUUGUCAAGCAGGCCAAAGGUAAAGUGAUCAUUAUGCCAGGAGGAGGAAUAACAAGCCACAACAUUUCCAGGAUUAUCCAGGGCUGUGGUUGUUCCGAGUUUCACUGUUCAGCUCGUUCAUCACAUUCCUCAUCAAUGACUUUUCAGAAACAGGGUGUAGCGAUGGGAGCCUUAUUUUCACCUCCGGAAUUCAGUAUGAAGACUGCAGAUGUGUGUAAAAUAAGAACAAUUCUACAGAUUUCCAAAAGUGAAAUAAAUUAG